AUGCAGACCCCUCCCCACCCACGAUGGUCCCUGUCCAGUUCUUCACAGGUGGGGCUGCUGGUCACAGGUGGGGCUGCUGGUCACAGGUGGAGCUGCUGGUCACGGGUGGGGCUGCUGGUCACGGGUGGGGCUGCUGGUCACAGGUGGGGCUGCUGGUCACAGGUGGGGCUGCUGGUCACAUGUGGGGCUGCUGGUCACAGGUGGGGCUGCUGGUCACAGGUGGGGCUGCUGGUCACAGGUGGGGCUGCUGGUCACAGGUGGGGCUGCUGGUCACAGGUGGGGCUGCUGGUCACAGGUGGGGUUGCUGGUCACGGGUGGGGCUGCUGGUCACAGGUGGGGCUGCUGGUCACAGGUGGGGCUGCUGGUCACAGGUGGGGCUGCUGGUCACAGGUGGGGCUGCUGGUCACAGGUGGGGCUGCUGGUCACAGGUGGGGCUGCUGGUCACAGGUAGGGCUGCUGGUCACAGGUGCCUGGUGCUGGCGGCUGGCGCUGGUGCUGGUGCCUGGUGCUGGCGGCUGGCGCUGGUGCUGGCGGCUGGCGCUGGUGCUGGUGCCUGGUGCUGGUGCCUGGUGCUGGUGGCUGGCGCUGGUGCUGGUGCCUGGUGCUGGCGGCUGGCGCUGGCGCUGGUGCCUGGUGCUGGCGGCUGGCGCUGGUGCUGGUGCCUGGUGCCUGGUGCUGGCGGCUGGCACUGGUGCUGGUGCCUGGUGCUGGCGGCUGGCGCUGGUGCUGGUGCCUGGUGCUGGCGGCUGGCGCUGGUGCUGGUGCCUGGUGUUGGCGCUGGUGCUGGUGCCUGGUGCUGGCGGCUGGCGCUGGUGCUGGUGCCUGACGGCUGGCGCUGGUCCUGGUGGCUGGCGCUGGCGUAACGGCGCUGGUGCCGGUGCUGGUGCUGGUGACUGGCUUCGGUGCUGGUGCUGGUUCCUGGUGCUGGUGGCUGGCGCUGGUGCUGGUGCCUGGUGCUGUUCCGCCGCCACUCCCUUCCCCCUUGUCCUCUCUCCCCCACAGCAUUCCGCCGCCACUCCCUUCCCCCUUUCCCUCUCCCACCCGCAGCGUUCCGCCGCCAAUCCCUUCCCCUCCUCCCUCUCCCACCCACAGCGACCGCAGCUGCACACGCGAACAGUCGCGACGGGGGAGGGGGGGGGUGACGAGCAGGGGGCCGGGGGAAUGCGACGGGCGGAGCGAGGCGAAGGGAAGGAAGAAAACGGGACGGGGGGGAAAGGGCCGCGACGACCGCCACCGUCGCCGUCCCCUUCAUUCCCGAUGCCGUCCCCCCCCCUUCCCCACUCUCGCGCAAACUCGGCAGCAGGCGUAGGCGCGGGCAGAGGUGGAACUUAA